GCCGAUGCUGCAACCAGUUUCUUGAGAGCUGCAAGAUCCGGGAAUCUGGACAAAGCCUUGGAUCACCUCAGGAAUGGGGUAGAUAUUAACACCUGUAACCAGAAUGGGCUGAACGCCUUGCACCUGGCCUCCAAGGAGGGCCACGUGAAAAUGGUGGUGGAGCUGCUGCACAAGGAGAUCGUUUUGGAGACAACGACCAAGAAGGGAAACACAGCCCUGCACAUCGCUGCCCUGGCUGGACAACAGGACGUGGUCCGGGAACUGGUGAACUAUGGGGCCAACGUCAAUGCGCAGUCACAGAAAGGCUUCACACCCCUCUACAUGGCAGCGCAGGAAAACCACCUGGAAGUUGUCAAGUUCUUGCUGGAAAAUGGAGCCAACCAGAAUGUAGCCACAGAGGAUGGCUUCACGCCACUAGCUGUGGCUCUGCAACAAGGGCACGAGAACGUGGUUGCUCACCUUAUCAACUAUGGGACAAAGGGUAAGGUCCGCCUGCCUGCCCUGCACAUUGCAGCCCGCAAUGAUGACACUCGCACAGCUGCCGUGCUGCUGCAGAAUGACCCCAAUGCUGAUGUCCUCUCCAAGACUGGAUUUACCCCCUUGCACAUUGCAGCCCACUACGAGAAUCUCAGUGUGGCCCAAUUACUGUUGAACCGUGGAGCCAGUGUCAACUUCACACCCCAGAAUGGGAUCACUCCCCUGCACAUAGCCUCCCGCCGGGGCAACAUCAUCAUGGUACGGCUGCUGCUGGACCGCGGGGCCCAGAUAGAGACAAGGACCAAGGAUGAGCUGACCCCUCUCCACUGUGCAGCUCGCAAUGGACAUGUGCGAAUUGCAGAGAUCCUGCUGGACCACGGGGCUCCCAUUCAAGCCAAAACCAAGAAUGGCUUGUCGCCGAUCCACAUGGCAGCGCAGGGCGACCACCUGGACUGCGUGCGCCUGCUCCUGCAGUACAGCGCCGAGAUUGACGACAUCACCCUGGACCACCUAACGCCGCUGCACGUAGCCGCGCACUGCGGGCACCACCGGGUGGCCAAGCUGCUGGUGGAGAAGGGGGCCAAGCCCAACUCCCGAGCCCUGAAUGGCUUCACACCCCUCCAUAUCGCCUGCAAGAAGAAUCACAUCCGGGUGAUGGAGCUGCUGCUGAAGACGGGUGCCUCCAUCGACGCUGUCACAGAGUCCGGCCUGACCCCCCUUCAUGUGGCCGCCUUCAUGGGGCAUCUGCCCAUCGUCAAGACCCUGCUGCAGCGUGGAGCCUCUCCGAAUGUGUCCAAUGUGAAAGUGGAGACGCCCCUACACAUGGCAGCCAGAGCCGGGCACAUGGAUGUGGCAAAGUACCUGCUGCAGAACAAAGCCAAAGCCAACGCCAAGGCCAAGGAUGACCAGACUCCUCUGCACUGUGCUUCACGCAUCGGCCACACUGGCAUGGUCAGACUCCUGCUGGAGAACAAUGCCAACCCCAACCUGGCCACAACAGCGGGUCACACGCCCCUGCACAUCACUGCCAGAGAAGGGCAUGUGGACACGGCCCUGGCGCUGCUGGAGAAGGGGGCCUCACAGACCUGCAUGACCAAGAAAGGAUUUACCCCUCUCCACGUUGCAGCCAAGUACGGGAAGGUGGAUGUGGCGGAGUUGCUGCUGGCGCGCGAUGCUCACCCCAAUGCAGCGGGGAAGAAUGGCCUGACCCCGCUGCACGUGGCGGUGCACCACAACAACCUGGAGAUCGUCAAGCUGCUGCUUCCCAAGGGGAGCUCCCCGCACAGCUCAGCCUGGAACGGGUACACCCCCCUGCACAUUGCUGCCAAGCAGAACCAGAUGGAGGUGGCCAGCAGCUUGCUGCAGUACGGGGCUUCUGCGAACGCAGAGUCUGUGCAGGGAGUCACCCCCCUACACCUGGCGUCCCAGGAGGGGCACGCAGACAUGGUGGCACUGCUUUUCUCCAAACAAGCCAACGGCGACCUGGGCAAUAAGAGUGGCCUGACUCCUCUCCAUCUCGUGGCCCAAGAGGGGCAUGUGCUGGUUGCUGAUGUUCUGGUGAAACACGGAGUCACAGUGGAUGCAACAACCAGGAUGGGCUACACCCCGCUGCAUGUGGCCAGCCACUAUGGGAACAUCAAGCUGGUGAAGUUUUUGCUCCAGCACCAGGCUGACGUCAAUGCCAAGACUAAGCUGGGCUACACCCCUCUGCACCAAGCGGCUCAGCAGGGACACACGGAUGUGGUGACACUGCUGCUGAAGCAUGGUGCCUCUCCCAACGAGAUCAGCACAAACGGCACCACUCCCCUGGCCAUCGCAAAGCGGCUUGGCUACAUUUCCGUCACAGACGUGCUCAAGAUCGUCACAGAGGAAACCGACAUCCCGUCAGUGGGUGACAAGCACCGCAUGAGCUUCCCAGAGACUGUAGAUGAGAUUCUGGACGUGUCGGAGGAUGAAGGCACUGCUCAUGUCACAGUAAUGGAGGAGGAGCUGGUCGCACCAAAGCCCAGGGACCAGGAGGGCAAGAGGGAGAUGCUGGAGUUUGUGACCACAACGACAUUGGAGCAAACGGUGGAGUCUCCAGCGGUCCUGCAGGUCCCCUGCGUCCCACCUGAGACUGUGGUGACCAGAGCGGAGGAGACUGAGCAGGCCUCCAAGGAGUUUGACGAGGACUCCCUGAUCCCCAGCAGCCCUGCCACGGAGACAUCGGAUAACAUCAGCCCAGUAGCCAGCCCUGUGCACACAGGGUUCUUGGUCAGCUUCAUGGUGGACGCCCGUGGCGGUUCCAUGCGAGGCAGCCGGCACCAUGGACUGCGCGUGGUCAUCCCACCCCGUGCCUGCGCAGCACCGACCCGCAUCACCUGCCGCCUGGUGAAGCCCCAAAAGCUGCCUGCACCCCCACCGCUGGCUGAGGAGGAGGGUCUGGCCAGCCGGAUCAUUGCCCUGGGGCCUGCCGGCGCCCAGUUCCUCAGCCCCGUCAUUGUGGAAAUCCCACAUUUUGCCUCGUAUGGGCGUGGAGACCGCGAGCUGGUGGUGUUGCGCAGUGAAAAUGGCUCUGUAUGGAAGGAGCACCGCAACCGCUUUGAGGAGAGCUACAUGGACCAACUGCUUAACGGCAUGGAUGAGGAGCUAGAGAGCCUGGAGGAGCUGGAGAAGAAGAGAGUCUGCCGCAUCAUCACCACCGACUUCCCUCUCUACUUCGUGGUCAUGUCCCGGGUUUGCCAGGACUGUGAUCUGAUUGGCCCUGAGGGAGGGUGUUUGAAAAGCACACUGGUGCCCAUGGUACAGGCCACCUUCCCGGACGCCGCUGUCACCAAGCGAGUGAGGCUGGCCCUGCAGGCGCAGCCCGUGCCAGACGAGUUGGUGACUAAGCUGCUGGGGAACCAGGCGACCUUCAGCCCCAUUGUCACGGUGGAGCCACGUCGGAGGAAGUUCCACCGCCCCAUCGGCCUCCGCAUCCCACUGCCACCAUCCUGGAAGGACAAUCCCAGAGACAGCGGCGAGGGUGACACCACCAGCCUGCGCCUGCUCUGCAGUGUGAUCGGAGGGACAGACCAAGCCCAGUGGGAAGACAUAACAGGCACCACGAAGCUGGUCUAUGAAAACGAGUGUGCUAACUUUACCACCAACGUGUCUGCCAGGUUCUGGCUGGCCGACUGCCCGCGCACCGCCGAGGCCGUGCACUUCGCCACCAUGCUGUACAAGGAGCUGACGGCCGUGCCCUACAUGGCCAAAUUCGUGGUGUUUGCCAAGAUGAAUGAUUCACGGGAAGGCCGGCUGCGCUGCUACUGCAUGACCGAUGACAAGAUUGACAAGACUUUAGAGCAGCAUGAAAACUUCACUGAGGUGGCCCGCAGCAGGGACAUUGAGGUGGCGGAGGGGAUGCCUUUGCACGUUGAGCUCUCAGGGAAUCUGGUGCCUGUCAAGAAAGCCACUCAGCCCCGCACCUUCCUCUUCCAGUCCUUCCGGGAGAAUCGUCUCGCCAUCCCCAUCAAGGUUCGGGACAGCAGCCGGGAAGCCAGUGGCUCCUUGUCUUUCUUGCGCAAAGCCAUGAAGUACGAGGACCUCCAGCAUGUGCUCUGCCACCUGAACAUCAGCAUACCACCCUGCACUAAGGGAAGUGGCAGUGAGGAGCGGAGGAGGACACUGACGCCAUUGUCUCUGCGGGAGCGAUACAGCAUCCUAAGCGAGACCAGUUUCGGCUCCCUGAGCAGCACGGACAAGGCAGACCAGAAGAUGGUGGACAUAGCAGAACAGCUGGGCCUCAGCUGGGCUGAGCUGGCUCGUGAGCUGCAGUUUGGGGUGGAUGACAUCAACAGGAUACGUGUGGAGAACCCCAACUCCCUGCUGGAGCAGAGCAUAGCCUUACUCAACCUCUGGGUCAGCCGCGAGGGCAAGACAGUCAAGAUCGAGAGUCUGUACACAGCGCUGAGGAACAUCGACCGCAGUGAGAUUAUCAACACGCUGGAGGGCUCCGGCCGGCAGAGCCGCAGCCUGAAGGGCAGCUGGCGCUACACGGACAGAGACUACUCCCUCUCACCAUCCCAGAUGAAUGGUUAUGCUUCGCUGCAGGAUGAGCUGCUGUCCCCUGCCUCCCUGCAUUACACGCUGCCAUCCCCGCUGCGUGCCGACCAGUACUGGAAUGAGGUGGCCAUCAUGGAUGCUAUCCCCAUGGCUGCCACUGAGCAGGACGCCCUGAUGGAGAUGUCCGACAUGCAGGUGUGGUCCUCGGGGCUCACCCCCUCGCUGGUGACUGCUGAGGACUCCUCUCUGGAGUGCAGCAAGGCCGAGGACUCGGAUGCCACAAGCGAAGGCCGGUUCCCGGGGCAGCUUCUAGCAGAUGCUCAUGGCCCGGACCACAUGGGCUCUAUGGACCUGGUUGAGGAUGACACAGUGGACUCAGAUGCCAUGAAUGGCCUGAUUGACCUUCUAGAGCAGGAGGAGGGGCAGAGGCCAGAGGGGAAGAUGCCAGCCGGUGAUCGCCAGCCAGGGACCGGGGAGCAGGACCUGGAGAGUGAAGUCUCUUUUGUUUCAGUUCAGCAGAAGGUGCAAGCCAGGAUCACAGCAUCACCCACCGUUAGCCAUGUCGCGGAGAAGAGCACAGACAGGCUGAGGGACUGGAAUGCAGAAGGCUCCUUUAUCUCCUGCCUACAGGACCUGACAGAGGGCUCCUGGCAGGAGGGGGUCACCCGAAGGCUGCUCCCGAUGCACACCACGGCCUCCGGGGCACAGGGCCAGGAGCAAGAGCAGGUCCUGGUGCCAGCUGUGGAGCUGAUGCGGGUCAGCUCUGCAGAGGACAGCGACUGGCAGCCCCAGCACCCCAUGGGCGGCUGGCAGGAGGAGGCAGACAGCCGCUGCUUUGGCCAGCCAGCCUCCCUGCCCGCUCCCUUAUUGAGUAUGUGCCCUGGCCGCCGGCCCAACAGCCUGCCGAAGCCACAAAUAGAGCUGGUCGGGGGGCCAGGCUGGGUGGUGGGCAUCCUGCCACAGCCCCGUGGAGCCGGCAGGUACAAGCCGGCUGAGCUGCGGCAGCUAGGGUUACAGCUACCGCAGUCCGCCCGCAGAGCCGGGGCACCCUGCCGGGCAGGCUGCGGACCCACAGGGCUGCUCCUGCCCCGGGGGCUUUGCCCGUACCAGGCAGAUAUCAUGGCGGGGCUCUGA